UCAAUGUGGACCUGCUGAUAUCCGGUGUUGCUGGGGGUAGAGACUGGACCUCUGAAGCGGCUGGUCACAAACCCUGGCUCUGGAUCAGGAGCCUUCACUUUUCCUUCCCGAGUCGGAACCAGGACCGAACCACAAGGGACAAAAACUCCACCACCACACAGAACACAACCAGUGGACAGGUGGACUGAACAACCUCAGUCCUGGGACCGAGGCUGCAAUCAGGGAUCCAGUCUGCAGCCCAGACCCUUCUCUUCAGUCUCAGUGCAGGGAUGUAGCAGGGCCUGGGGCUGAUAGACUCUCCUGCUCCUAUGAUACAAACACCACAGUAUCAAUGAUGAACAGAGCAGGUCACCCUGGACUUCAGCCUUCACAGAGAGUGGUGGGAGACCACUCUGGUGGUUGUCUAAUAGGAAGUCUGUCUUCUCCUUUAGGAUCUCAUCUUUAAUAUAGAUCCUUUCUGUUCAGUGUAAACACAAGUGGUCUGAGUAUGGAAAGCCAUGAGGUGAGGAAGAUGGCGGAAACUAUUGUUUUGUUUGAAACUGCUGGCGAGUGAAGAUGAGUGAGUGGGUUUCAGUGGUGAAAAACAAAGGAAACAGAAGUAAAGUUGUUGUGGAAACUCCUAGACUCGUCUUUAGUCUGAGUGAGUGUUUUGGAGAUCUGUUUUAAGUCUUGAUAGAUGUCAUGGAAUGCGUUGGGUGAAGUGGAGUCAAAAGAAGUGGGUUUAUUUUGAUUUUUUGUGUGUCUGCGGAGUAGAAGAGGUGUACAUUGUGCCUCAAGAAGAUAUGAGUGGAAUGUUUUGUGUAUGGAUCUUCAAAGCAGAGCGCCUAUUAACAGGGUUAUCUGGGGUGGCGCAUAGUGUGUGCAGAUUUUAUACCUGAGGAAGUAGGUGGAGUUGUUGGUGCAGGUUGACAGACCCGUAUGGUAGAUUAAGUAAAGAAAUUCACUUCAUCUAGUUUCUCCCUUCUCAUGUAAAUUUGGGCUAUGUGAGAUACCCUUUAAGAGCCUACAUGCACAAACCCCAUCAGUGCCAUAAAUGCUAAAUAUUUGGUAAGGUGUCAAGUGUAUGCAGACGGGAAGAGUAUCGAAUGCCAAUACCCAGAUUGCCCUGUUAGAGUGAAGGAGACAGAAGUGGCAAAAGUAAGGGCUGUCCAGCGUGUCUUCUACCUGGCGGUGGUGAGAAGAGUUGAAGGAACGAGUAGAGCUGUAGAUGCAAUGGUAGUAGAGCCUGCAUCAGUGAAUGUGUGUGUAAAAAGGCGUGCUUUGUUGCAUUUAUUACAAUGGUCAUUAACUGCACAGCACAAACGGAGAGGAAAUCGGAAUCAUUGUAAGUGCAGUUGAACGUUUUUGGGGGGACUUGACAGCAGAGGCAGUACAAGUAAUCCUAUCGCCGAAAAUACCUCCCUAACAGGCCCCUGGGCCUGUCUAGGGAUGUGACUUAAAUUGGAAUGUGACUGUGUUGGUGUUUCAAUUACUGGAGAGUGAGACCAAAUCAUGGACACUGGACAGAGUGGAUUUCAGUUGUAGCAAAAUGGCAGGUUUAUUAAGUCAAAGAUAUUUUGUCCUGCAGUUUAGCGUGCACGGACCUAGUCAUAUGGCUCAGUAUCGAGUCAGCUGAAAAAGGCUAGCCUAAACAGAGAUUACAGCAGAUUUUAUACAUGGAACAAUGUAGGUAGAGUCUCUUCGUGUUGGUCUUCUGACUGGUCCUGAAGAGUUGGAGGCGGGUCUGCUCUGGCCAUAGCAGGAGCCCCAUUGGUGCACAGCAGAGUCCUCUGCUCUUGGCACCUGACCAGUAGAGAGGGGAGUGAGGUGUGUGUGUUCAUGCGAUGAUGAAAUGUUUGUGUGUCAAGGAGUCGAGAGAUAAGGGGAACUGUAACUGGCAGUUACUGUCUGGGGCUAGGGGGUUUCCUGAUUAGAGGGGUGCAAGCAAUGACUUAAGUCAGGCGGUUUAGUUUGGCGCUCUAUAACUGUUUUGUGCGGUUAGUGUCCUUGUGACAAAUGGGGAACCAUGUGUUAUGCAACAACAGUCUUGUGUCUUAGCAAUGGGGUGUGUUGUGCAAGCUUUAAUCCUAUGGUCACAAGCAGGCUCUAAAUCAGCCUAGGCCACCUAAAUGAUGUUUAAUAUAUGUGCUUGAUUUAUGAGCUAUGUAUAUGAAUAUAUGUAUAUAUGACAACUGAAAGAGUGGAAUGGGUGUCUAAUUUUUACUUUGUCGGUUUUUCCCCUUUCCUACAACAGAUAUUUUUUUCUAUAGUUUACCACCCAUACAGUAGGUGGCAUCAUGCACAUCUAACAGUUGUUUGCAGACCGCCAUAAUAUAAGAAGUCAACCGAAGUGAACAGUUACCAAGAUGUUUAUUAACAUCAUGGAACUCACAAUAUUAGUAAUUUAACUUCACAGCAUCACAUACUAACCUCAGGUAGUCUUUAAUUCGCGUUGGAGACAGGACUUGGUGUAUUUAUGUUAUCUAGGUAACGCUAGCUGCUAACAAUAAUGGCUAACAAUAAUUGUAUGAUUUUUCACACUGAAAUAGCCUCCAUUAUGGAGGUGCUAGCGAAUGCAGCCGUGUCAGAGAUCUGUAAACUCGUAGACGACGACUAUGCAGUGUUUCGUUUGGAAAUAACUCAAAGCCAGAAAGAAAAUGGGGUUACGGAGGAAACUACAGCUACUGAAGGUGGCACGGGAGCGUGUCCUCGCUAGUCGUCCCAGUAGUGUCAAAGUCGGCGACCGAUACAGAAUAGUAAGAGGUACAUUUUACAAAAGGCCGAGGUCGCUCGUUCAUAUAUAUCUCUGUGCCUGUAGCCCCACACCGUAGCCCCACACCCAGCAGAUCCGACCAUCUUGCUUGCAGCUGCACUAUGGUCAGACAUAUGUUCUGUGUAGAUUAAAACAGUGGAUCCGGCGCGAGACAUGGCUCAGAAAACAUACCUCAAUCCAGGGAUUAAAAAAUGUCUUGUAUUCUGAAUUGUCCCAUUAUCCCAACUGUUACACUGAGAAAAUUUAAAGACUUCUAGUCUUUCUGGAAAACUGGACUGUUCAUCCUCAUGCUAGGUAACAGAAGCCAUUUUGGGAAUGGCAGCUCCUUUGUUGUUCAAUGCAUAAUGGCUACUGUUAGCUAGCAUGAGGACAAACAUGGCAGUUUACUUAGAGCCCCUUAAACUAGCACUCUUCAAUCUUCUCUGUGUAACAGUUGGGAUAAUGGGACAAUUAGGUGUCCAACGCAUUUCUCAAUUGAAUUACAUUUUAUAAGCCUUACCUCGUGCCGGCUCCACAUGUGUAAAUCUACACAGGAAGUCUGUCAAAUCCUAGUGCAGCUGUAAGCAAGCAGGUAGGAUCUGCUGGCUACCCUCUCUGCAUGUUCAGAUGUUUUAGCCAGAAUUGUGUCUGUCAGUUUUUGAAUAGUAAGCAAUAAUUUCCCCGAUUACUUAGCUAUCUUGCGCAAAGACACAUCAUAUUCUAACCAGAUUCUUGAUUUACUGCAUUUCCUAUUUACUCAAUGAAAACAAUGUGAUAUAUGGAACACAAUACAUUGAUCAAUAAAUAGUAUAUUAAGAAGUUGAGAAGUGUCAACAGUGUACAAUAUACCAUUGACAGUAGCUAACCAUCAAUUUUCCCCCAAUCACUCUCGCAGGUGAAGGACAUCUCACUGGAGGCCACAGGAGCUUUGUGAAGCCAGUGGGACACAAUACAUGGAGAGAUGACCAACCAAUCACUGUUGAUGAGGGGAGUGGAACCUCAACUCAGCACGUUAUCGUUAUAGAGUCUGCAAAUGCAGAAGCUGCAGGUCCUGGGGUCAAGCUGGAGAGGUCUGAAGGAGAUGAGGACCCACGACACAGCAGAGACAUCCAGACUGGAGCAGCGCAUGGAGUGGCGCCCCCUGUAGCCCCCGAGGACCUCACCACCACCGCCGCGUCCCAGGCCAGGACCCUAUGCAGCGUCACGGAGGUCAGUGGAACGCCGAACGCCGUCCUCAAGACAGAGACGGAGACAGAGACUUUAACUGUAACACAAAGGCUCUUACAUACAGCAUCUAACCACCGAUCAGACUCCGAAAGACUGGGCUGUGUUCCUGCUCCAGGCUCAGAGUACUUAAUGGUAUUUCACCAGAGCCAGGGGACAGUUAAUUCCUGUGGAGAUGGUGAUGCGUUAGACACUGGCAUUGAUGAUCUGUCUUGUUCUUACGCUACAGAGGUGGACCCUGGCGACAUGCCCUUGGGUUUAGAGACCCAGACUGAUAUGUCUAGAGGGGACUGGAACCGGUACAGUAGUAGUGUAUACUCUGAAGGGUGCCAAGAUAAGAAAGGGGAGGUUAUAGUGGUAGAUGAGGUUACUGUGAAAGUGGAGGGCGACGCUCCUCCCACAUGGAAUGCAGAUGGUCACCUAGGAGACGGACACUCACAGGGCAGAGAUUUCUUAAAUUACAUGGGAAAUCUAAAUGUCGCCACCCACUCCCCUUUACACACGUUCAGGGAUCGCGACCCAGUGUCCACAUCAAUGGCACCUUCCGAUUCACACGGCCGCGUGAUUUUCGAUCAGGUAUUACAUUUAAACGACAGGGCUAUAGCCCAGGCUUGUGGAGGGGGAGCAACAACGGUCGGGAAAGAGAAACUGGCUAACUGGAAUGCAGACGAGACUCACUUAGGAGAAGGACACUCGCAGGGCAACACUAGUGACUUCUUAGAUUACAGGGAAAGUUUAGAGACAAAUCUAAGUGUUGCAACCCACUCCCCUUUACACCCAAUGUCCACGUCGAUGGCACCUUCCGAUUCACACGGCCAGGUUCUUUUCGAUCAGGUAUUGAACUCAAAAGACCAAAGAGCCAAGGUGCGGAGAGGGGAAGCAACACCGGGCGGUAAAGAGAAGCGGUUCCUCUGCAUGUUCUGUAACAAAGGCUUCAGCUGCUCCCAGAAGGUGGAGAUCCACCAGAGGGUCCACACAGGGGAGAAACCCUUCAGCUGUACCCAGUGUCACAUGUGUUUCACCCAUGCUGGCAACCUGAAGAGGCACCAGAGGGUCCACACAGGGGAGAAACCGUUCAGCUGUGCCCAGUGUCACAUGCGCUUCGCCCAGACUGGUGACCUGAAAAGGCACCAGAGAGUACACACGGGAGAGAGGCCGUUCGCCUGUACGCACUGCGGGAAGAAGUUCUCAGAGAGGAGCUACCUCAGGAUACACCAGCAGAAAAACCAUUCUACUCUAUAACAUAGAAAGUAACCAUUCCACUUGAUAGCUUCUGAUGUUUAGAUCAAACCCUGCAUUAAAGGAAAAGUUGAAUUUUCAUUUUCUUCAGCAGAAAAGAUCCACAGAUGCAUUUGGAAGAACGAGAGCAACAGAUUAAAGUGUUGAAUAUUCCUGGGUAGAAUAUUGCAUCCAGACAUUGUGUGAUAUAUAAGGCAUAUAUACACCUAAAAAGUCUGUUACAUCUUGUGUUUGUACUGUGUAGGUUAUAUGUUGACAUAACUAUUUAAUUACUUUCAUUCAACUACAAUUUUUUUUAAAUCUUAAGACACUUUUAAUGAGAAGAUUAUUACAUUUUAUGCAGUUUAUCAAGUUCAUGAUGAUUUUUAUUUGAGGCAUGUGUAUAUGUGGUUUUCAUAUGGUGUAUUUAAAACUUGUUCAUCUUUAAUAAACCCAAAAUGGGACUUUUCAGUCUGACUUUUGAGACUCUCU